UUUUCGGCUUAAUUUUGCAUACAUAGUUUAAAGACACAAUCCAAAGGGCCCCAUUGAAGACCUUGGUGCUACAUGCUCAACAAUAGAUACUAAUCAUUGGGCCCCAAUUGUGUAUUCUUUGCUGGCACGAAAGACAAGACUUGCCAUAAAGAGUUUCCAAACAAAAGAAGUUUUUUGUACAUGUAUGGAGAACUCAUACACACUUGACCUGCUAUUUCCUAAACAUCACUCUUAAGAAGCACCUUUGAUACACGAGAGAAGAAAGGGUACAACCCUACACUUCAGAGUCGGGAGCUGAUUUUUUGUUUCUCAUUGACAUUAAAUGAUAAAGAGCACAGAAGCUUUGGCAAAGUUUAGUUUUGACUCAUACUCCCCUCCUCGCCAAGCGGAAAAAGAUACAUCAUUCUCUGUUCAAUACAACCACAACUGCGACGCUUGUCUUAUUCACCUAAAAGCUUCUAAAGCUAGCGCACAUUCAAAGGAAAAUGAAGCCGCACGAGAGACACCUAUUGUCAUUUUAAUUGACCUCUAAUUCACACGUGAUACGACAUUUAACAACAAAAUAAUUGAAGUUUGGCUUUUCGAAUCACUCUCAAAUUCUAAAUUUAAGAGCCAUUUCAACAGCAGCAGCUCCCCAAUCCUCGCCGUGGUUAUGG